AUGGAAGACGCUGAGCUCGAGAGGAUCCGCAAAGCCCGACUGGAGCAGCUCAAGGCCCAGUCGGCUGCCAGACCCGGCGCCACGAACGGCGCUGAUCAGGAGCAGAGGAAACAGCGCGAAGCCGAAGCCCGCCAAGCAAUCCUGAACCAAAUCCUCGAGCCCGAGGCUGCCGACCGUCUGGGCCGUAUUCGCCUCGUGAAGGAGCAGCGCGCGACGGAUAUCGAGAAUCGUCUCAUCAUGCUGGCACAGACGGGGCAGCUGCGCCAAAAGGUCACGGAGGACCAGCUCAAGGAGCUGUUGAACGCGGUUGCGGAUACGAAGGAGGAGGAGAAGAUCGUUGUGAGCAGACGGAAGGGGUGGGAGGAUGAGGAUGACGAUUUGUUGGAUCUUUAA